AUGACCGGACAAAGUAAACCGUUACGAUAUGUCGAUAUCGGCAUCAACUUGAGUGACCCUGUCUUCAGAGGAAACUAUCAUGGCAAGCAGGUCCACGACGACGACAUGGACGAUAUUGUCGAGCGUGCGCGCGAGGUCGGUUGCCAGAAAUUUAUGGUUACCGGCUCGGACCUCGUAGAGUCCCAGCGUGCCGUGGAGAUCUCCCAGAAGUACCCGGGCUUCUGCUACGCCACGGUUGGCGUCCACCCGUGUCAGGCCAAGCACUUCGACGAGCACCCCGGUGGGCCGUCGAAGCUGCUCGAGGAAAUCAAGACGCUUGCCCUGGAAGGCAAGAAAUCCGGCCACGUUGUUGCGUUUGGCGAGAUUGGACUCGACUACGACCGGUUGUUUCUCAGCGCGAAGGAACCCCAGCUGAAGUACUUCGAGGCCCAGCUGGACCUGGCCGUGGAGAUUCAGCUUCCGCUGUUUCUCCAUUCGCGGGCCGCCAGCGAGGAUUUCGAGAGACUGCUAGCGCCACGACUUGAGAAGCUUCCUAAGCGGGGCCUCGUGCAUAGUUUCACGGGCACUCUGGAAGAGAUGCAUCGGAUGGUUGCCCUGGGGCUGGAUGUGGGGGUGAAUGGCUGCAGCUUGAAAACGGAGGAGAAUUUGGAGGUCGUGAAGGCUAUUCCUCUUGAUCGGCUGCAGAUCGAGACCGAUGGUCCUUGGUGUGAGAUCCGCCCGUCGCACGCGUCGGCGAAAUACCUCGAAGGGGCGCCCCCGUUGCCCAAGGCCGUGAAGAAGGAGAAGUGGCAGAAGGGGUGCAUGAUCAAGGGUCGCAAUGAGCCUGCAGCCAUCGCUCAUGUUGCUCACGUUAUUGCUCAGGUGAAGGGGAUCACGGUGGAGGAGGUUUGUGAGGCGGCCUGGAAUAACUCGAUUCGGAUGUUUGGACUUGGGGAGGAAGCUGCAUAG